ACGAUGGGUGCUGGCCGUAUGAUUUCCCCCCAUGCGCUCAUCAUAUCAAUGAUACCAAGUACCCCAAAUGCCCGAAGGGCUUAUACCCGACUCCCAACUGUGUCGAACAAUGUCACAACCCGAAGUAUACGACCACUUUGAGAGAUGAUCGUCAUUUCAUGUUGGAAUCCUCUCCUUAUCACUACUCUGUGAACGAUGCUAAGAAUGCUAUCAGGACCGAUGGCCCAGUUUCGGCUUCUUUCACUGUUUACGAAGAUUUCCUAGCCUACAGGUCUGGUGUAUACAAGCAUACUUCUGGUUCAUAUCUCGGUGGACAUGCUGUGAAGAUAAUUGGUUGGGGUGAGAAGAGUGGACAAGCUUACUGGCUUGCCGUGAACUCCUGGAAUGAAGACUGGGGUGACCACGGCCUUUUCAAGAUAGCCCUCGGAAACUGUGGAAUAGAUGAUGACCUGCUUGGUGGUACACCUAAGGUCUGA